AUGUCACCGACAACAUAUGAUGAAAAUAACCAAGAUGACUUGUUCUCCAACACAGUGUUUGCCUCAGACAUGCUGGUGAGUAGCUUGAGUUCCUUUACUCUUCAAGGUAUUAGAUCAACCUAAGACCAAAUGGUAUUUCCAAUGGUGAUGUCACAUCCAGAGAUCCUGCUAAGUUAGGGAUUCCUUAUCUCCCAGUAGUGAUACAGUUUGUGAAUCAUUCACCUUAGAUAAAGUCAACUUGUCUUAUUUCUGAAGAAUUGGCCAAAGCCCCACAGUCUCCAGCCCACCCAUGGCCAACUUACAGAACCGCCCUUACAGGUUAGCUGUCUGAACACAAUUCAACAUGCCACUGGUUUUCACUUUCAUUAUGGGGGCCCUUAUUAUAGUGUCUGCAAUGUUAUAAUGUGCUUUGACUGUAAGUCGCUUUGGAUAAAAGCGUCUGCUAAAUGGCAUAUUAUUAUUAUUAUUAUUAUUUAUUGAAAUGUUGAUCUCUACUCUCUUAGCCCCCAACCAAACGGCAUGCUGCCCACUUUAGAUAGAUCGUCUUUGACCAACCCUACAAGCCCUACAGGCAAACCCUUGUAAAACUGUCAAAUAGAAUGUAUCCAAAAUUCAUGCUAAGAAAAUAAUGUAGGAAUUAUUAUUUUUGAAGCUUGUUUUGCUAAAUAAACCCCAAAAAUCUGGAAUUAUUAUGUGUUCCUCUUUUCACAAUAAAAAAUAUUAUUGUUUACUAAAGUAUUCUCUAUAUUCUCUAAGCCCUUCACCAAACAGUAUGCGGCCCUCUUCAGAUAGAUCAUCUUUGGCCAUCCCUCCAAGCCAGCCAUACAAGUAAGAACCUUGGUGUUGUUUGUUUUCGGUCUGAUACUUUGUUCAAUGGCAGUGAUGUCAUACCCGUUCUGUGCGUAUAACCAUGUUCUGGGUGGUGGACUAAAAAUGGAAACAAAAUUAGAGAUGACAACAAGACAACGCCCCCUCAACAGAUUAUGAGUAGUCACCCAGUGAUUUGAGGAGCAAGAGUCAUGAUGACUCUUAUCCAUAUCCAUAUCCAUUAUGGUAUUUUCUCUGUCAUUGAUGAAAGGGAAAAUACCAUGAGUAUGCUACCCACUUUAGAUAGAUCAUCUUUAUCCAACCCUGAAAGCCAGCCAUACAAGUAAGCCUCUGUCUUUUGAUUUGUGUGUUUUCAAUCUGAUACAGUUCUUUGUUCCAUGACAAGUUAUGAUUGUGUGCCCUACAUUAUUAUGAUUGUUUUGAUAUGGUUUGUCUGCUCCAGGAAGUUGACUAGUUUUCUGGUUUCAGCUAUGCUACAGGUAUGACCCAGCCCCUGGGUAACCCCUAUCCCAAGUCUCCAUCGCCAAGGAACCCGUAUGAAGAGAGAGCGCCACCUCCAGACCGUUAUGAUGACCAGCACAUGAGACCAACACAGCCCCCACCAGGACACAACGGCAUGAUGGUGAGGGUUUGAUUACUCCUACUGAACAGUAUGAUGAAUUCAACUGAUCAACUGGACAAGCAAACUGCAGGGCGAAACUGUGGCUAAAACAUUUGGUUUUAAUCUUAGCCUAAAGGUCCAUAUUAGUUAGACCAGGCUGAUAUAGAAAAGCAGCAUUUUGACAUGAGAUCAUUGCACUGUGUUUUGACAUGAGAUCUGUUUGUAUCUUCCAGAGAGAAGGCAUGUCUGGGUAUCCUGCACCAAGUUCACCUGCUCCACUCUACUCAGCACCGGAGUACAACCCCAGUUCCCAGUUUCCCCGAGCCCAGAAAGGGAGACUCUACUGA